AUGAGCAGCUCUCGCGGGAAGCUGCACCUCACCUGCGUCCGCGUGGCCAACUGCGUCCCCUUUGGCUCCGACGAGAAGGUUGCCUCGGUCAGCUGCAGGCUCUUCAACGUCGACCUGCCCAACUCGCGCGUCUCAACGCCAGCGGCAGCCGCUGACGCCUGCGGCGGCGCCAGCUUUGGCAAGGACGGCGCAGUUGUGGUGCUGCCACUCGGUGACUCGAGCCUGGGCGUGCUCGUGCGGGCGGAGCUACAGAUCCGGAUCGUUGGUCGGCCUGCGCCGAUCAAGGCCGCCGCGUCCGUCGAGAUUGACUUCGCCCUCCCGCCGCCGCGCACCGCCGCCGCCGCUUUUGACUCCCACAACGCUUCGGCGAGCGGCGGAGCGAAGCCGCGGCCCGACGACGGCUUCAUCUGGUGCCAGCUCCGGGCGGCGGCGCCGCCCGGUGGCGGCGCGAGCGACGGCGUGGUCUGCGGCGAGCUACUGCUGCGCUGGGAGCGGGUGGUGAAGCCUCGAGAGUCGGAUGCCGUGCGCUCGCCUCCACCCGUGGCGUCGCAGCGGUCGGCGUUCCCUCCGCUCGACCGCAUCACCGAGGACACGGAGGACGCGCACGGGUUCGUGCUGCGCGUGCCACCGCGCGCGGCGGAGGAGUUCGCCGCGUACUACUACCUGCGGUGCGAGGCGCAGCUGGCGGUGUGGGGCCGGCUGGUCGAGGCCGGCAAGGCGCCUGCGCCUGCCCUCCCCUACCCCACGGUUUUGGCCGCCCGGCAGGCCGAGCGGAGGGUCGCUUCCGAGGACAUGCCGGCGCGUCCGACAUGCGCCGCGCGGCAGGCGCCGAUGGGCGUGGCGGGCGGGUACGCGGCUCUUGCGGCCUGCGAGCCGCCGCACGGCGACGCGGCGUCCGAGGGGGUUGGCUACACGCAGUCGCUGAACUUUCUUGCGGCGUUCCUGCUGCUGCAGCUGCCGGCGAGGGCGGCCUUUUGGCUGCUCGAGUGCGUCAUCGAGCGGCUGCUGCCGUCGUACUUCACGGCGCAGCUGACUGGCGUGCUCGCCGACACGCGCACGCUCGACGCUCUCGUGGCGUCGCACCCGCAGCUGCACGCGCUGCCGCCGCACCUCGAGUCGCUCGGCCUCGACCUCUCCCUCGUCUCGACACAGUGGCUCAUGCUCGGCUUUGUCACCGCGCUGCCCUCCGAGACGGCGCCGCUGCGCCUCUGGGGCGUCGGCGAGUGGCUGGACCUCUUCCUCUCGCUGGGCGUGCGCGCGCUCUUCGCCGCCGCCCUCGCCACCCUGCGGCUGCUGCGAGCCACUCUCCUUGCGGCGACGUCUUUCGAGGUCGUCCCCCUGUGCCCCAUGCUAGUUAAGGAGUGGGGGCACUACUCCGUGGCUCGUGCAUGCCGGUCAAGCGGCUUCAUUAGUGAUCAAUUAAUUCGUUACUUCGUUUAG